AUGACCCGGCCCCUGGAGCAGGCAGUAGCCGCCAUUGUGUGCACCUUCCAGGAGUAUGCUGGGCGCUGCGGGGACAAGCACAAGAUCUGCCAGUCAGAGCUCAAGGAGCUGCUGCAGAAGGAGCUGCCCACUUGGACCCCGAGUGAGUUCCGGGAGUGUGACUACAAUAAGUUCAUGACCCUUCUGGAUACCAACAAGGACUGUGAGGUGGACUUCAGCGAGUACGUGCGCUCGCUUGCCAGCCUCUGUCUCUACUGCCACGAGUACUUCAAGGACUGCCCCCCUGAGCCCCCCUGCCCCCAAUAGCCGCUGAUCCUGGAAGAACAGGGUCUGCUCCACUGCUGUCCCUGAUGUGCUAACCCUGGCUACUCAGG